CGCGCGCCGCCGGCGGAGCGAGCCGCGGAAAAUAUGUGGGAAAGGUUCCGUUUUCUCAGAAAAGCCCUGCAUGACAAUCCAAGCACACGGUGCAUCGGGGGCCUGUGGAAGAGCAUGGUCCUGGGCAGCGCCUCUCAUCAAAGCCACUGUCACGAGUCCAAGCCAGCUGUGUGGGCCUGUGUCUUAAGUAUUCAGGUGCAUUUGCCCAGGCCCAUGCCUGGGGGCUACGGAGUGAUGGAGGACGAUGGGGCCAUGGACUACAGUGUCCACGAGGCCUGGAAUGAAGCCACCAACGUGUACCUGGUGGUGAUCCUCGUCAGCUUCGGGCUCUUCAUGUAUGCCAAGAGGAAUAAAAGGAAAAUUAUGAGGAUAUUCAGUUUGCCACCUCCAGCAGAAACUCUGUCAGAGCCCAACUUCUAUGACACAAUAAGCAAGAUUCGUUUAAGACAGCAACUAGAAAUGUACUCCAUUUCCAGGAAGUAUGACUAUCAGCAGCCACAGAACCAAGCUGACAGUGUGCAGCUCUCGCUGGAAUAAAAUCUCAGAAAAUCAGUGGCAUAAAUGCUUGUUGUUCAAGAGUGCAGUCUCCUCCCGCUACUAAAUCAUGACCAGCGUUUUUGGGUCUUUUUUAAGUUCUGUCUCCAUAAAAUCAGUUUGUUUGUGACUUUCCCCCCAAUUUUCUGGUGUGUUUGGUUUUGCUUUUUAAAAUUUCAUCUCCAGAUCAUUUGUUCCACAAAUUGAAAAUGCCUCCAAAGGCCUGAACACAGAGAGUCUGGGAAGGUAUGCAGUCACCAGAGGUGGCAGUCUUACCUUGUGAAGACCUUCACUCCUUCAGGAUGCAGUCGGGAGCAAAAGCGCAAGAGUCUGGAUCCUAGGCCACUUUUGGACGUUUUCGCACAAUUAAAAAAUAAAAAUCAAAUCAUUGAAAGAAUUUCCUCUUCGAUUGUGUCGUGGGAUAAAUGUCAUAAUGGAUAAGGGACUAACUAACGUGUGUUCUUGUGGCUGUUGUUACCUCCGAUUGAAUUAGCCAUCUUUGUUUCUUCAGGAGUCACACAGGAAACUGUCUUUUCUGCACCAGGAAAUCCUGACGCACACCCCCUUGCUAGUUGUGGAAGUUUCCUGGGACUGGAGUUCGUUCCCCUUCAUUGUGUUCCCACGAGGUGUGUUAUUCCACCAGAAGAGUCUUCUUCCAGCCAUGCCAGGGCCGUGCUGCUGAAUACUUGGGCACCUCUGACAGGUGCUAACUACUUGCUUUGGCAUCUUAUGACUGUAAAUGUUUAACUGUCUAGCUUCUUGAGCUUUUUUUUUUUUUUUUUU